UUAUCAUUAUCAAACCGCUUCCGCCGCGCCCUCCCCGCCAAUGCCCGUGUGAGCGCCGGCACUUCGCGGGGGCCAUGGAGGGCUCCACCGGGUUUGGGAUCGACUCCAUCCUCUCCCACCGAGCCGGCAGUCCGGCCGUACCCAAGGGGGACCCGCUGGUGGGCGACGGCCGGUCCCCGCUGGAGCUGAGCCCCCGCUCGGAGGGCAGCAGCGGGUGCCCCUCGCCCCGCUCACCGGGCCGCGAGUGCCUGGAGGCGGCGGUGCCGCGGCCGGGCCUGGAUGCGCAUCUCCAGCCGGGGCAGGUUUCGGCUCCCUCCCAGUCCCGGACCGUCACCUCCUCCUUCCUCAUCAGAGACAUCCUGGCCGACUGCAAGCCCCUGGCCGCCUGCGCUCCUUACUCCAGCACCAAUGGACCUCACGGCGGGCAGGAGCCGGCGGGCAGGAUCGCCACCAAGCCCGGCGAGGACUUUAGGGAGAAAAUGGAAAAAAACACCAGCAGCUCCUCCUCGGACUCGGAGUACAAAGUGAAAGAAGAAGGGGACCGAGAGAUCUCCAGCUCCCGGGACAGCCCCCCGGUACGGCUGAAAAAGCCGCGCAAAGCCCGCACCGCCUUCACCGACCAUCAGCUGGCCCAGCUGGAGCGCAGCUUCGAGAGGCAAAAAUACCUGAGCGUGCAGGACAGGAUGGAGCUGGCCGCUUCCCUCAACCUCACCGACACGCAGGUGAAAACGUGGUACCAGAACAGAAGGACCAAGUGGAAAAGGCAGACGGCGGUGGGCCUGGAGCUGCUGGCCGAGGCUGGCAACUACUCAGCCCUCCAGAGGAUGUUCCCCUCGCCCUACUUCUACCCGCAGAGUUUGGUUUCCAACCUGGACCCCAGCGCCGCUCUCUACCUGUACCGCGGACCCAGCGCUCCCCCCCCCGCCCUCCAGAGACCCUUGGUGCCCCGCAUCCUCAUCCACGGACUGCAGGGCGGCAGCGAGCCCCCCCCGCCCCUGCCUCCGCUCCCCGGUGUCCUGCCCCGGGCUGCGCAGCCCCGGUGA